AUAUGGUUAAACCAAGUAUAUCAUGUAGCUAGCUUCAGUAAAUUGUCUUAACUGAGGCCAAUCUAGUCUGCAUAACUCACAAUACCACUAUUGUAAUUUGUAAAGCCUUAAAAUAGUGGUAAGCUGAAUAAAAGUAAAUAAUUACUAUUAGCAUGGUAAUUAAGUCAUUAAAUUUUUUACAUUACUUAAACUUGUUAUGUAUUAUUAGUUUAUAUCCUUAGAGCAGUAUAGUAAUUGGCUGUCAGAAAUAUAACUGUCGGUUUCAAGUUAGGUAUAUCACAGUUUUAGGAGAAUCUUUACGUAUUGUCACCUUGGUUCAUUAUGUUUUAAAUUGAUAGGAUUUGUAUAGCUAUAGGAUAGUGUUUUAUGUAUGCUUUACUGUAACCCACAAAUUAUUUUAAGAAUACUUUAUUGAAUAGAUUUUAGUCUUUUUUAAAUUCUAAAGUUCUAUUUUUCUUUUCACUUCCCCUUCCUUCCCUUUAUAAGAUCAUUUCCAUGUCUUUGUUGGUGAUCUCAGUCCAGAAAUUACAACUGAAGAUAUAAAAGCUGCUUUUGCACCAUUUGGAAGAAUAUCGUAAGUAACAGAAGAUAAAUUUAGAAUGCUUUUAAUUAGAAGCAAUCCUAUAUAGAAGUAAUUUGAAAAUAAUUCUAUUGUGAAUUUUGAGCACUAAUUUUAACACUUGAAUAUAAUGUAUUAUGUUGUUUAGAGACUGUUCAGGUAGAUAACAGCAAAAGAUUACUUUCCCAUUGAUGAACAAAUCUUUGGUCUUUAAUUUUUAAAUCCUUUUUCAGUUAGCAUUAACUUCAAACAAACAUAUUUGCCAUUGUACAUAUUAUAGUUUUUUAUAUAGGUGUCUUUCUAGCUUGGUCAUAAUCUUUAGUAAACUUGUGCUAUGACUAAGGAAUUUAGACCCUUGGGCACUUCUAUGAUACCAUGCAUUUUGUGUUAAUACGUUUUUUUUUAAAAAAAGAAACCUUAACAGUCCAACCUAAAAAAGUUAUUAAAUGACAUUUCUUAGAAAUUUACCUUUUUUUUUUAAACUUUUAAAACAAUAAUGUCUCAGUAUUUUGUGAAGCACUGUCUUGCUUGUGUUAUUAAUCAUACAUUUUAGGCCUUUUGUAAAUAGCUCAUUCAAAGUAGCAUUCAUCAUAGAAGAACUUUAUUAUUUUGAAAAGUAUACCAUAUUAGAGUGAGAAUAACAAGUUGAUUAUAGUGCUUUCUUAGAAUAGAAGCAGUUGUUGAAUUUAGAAUUUUUUAGGGCUUCUGGUUGCUUUUAUUAUUGUUCUAGCUAGAAGAGUAGUAAAAAGGAAAUCCUAGCUGUCAUUUGGUUCGAUGAACAGAUCACCAGCAGAGAUAAGACGAUGAGGAGUCUGGAAAGUAAUUGCCACUAGUGUUAGUGAUGAAUUUAGGGAGUUUUCAUUUGACGAGUUGUAGUUCAUUGGUAAGAAGAUGACGAAACAUAAUGACAAAGGAAUGGCUGUAAAUGAGGGGCCAACUUUAAAGGCAUUCACAAGAUUAGGGUUCAUAAAUGGACUGUGGUGUUAGAUGACAUUUUUCUUUGUGAGAACUGAUUAGGAAAAUAAGGAAGGUUUUAAUUUCUUGGUUGUUCCUCUUAAUCUGUCGCAGGGUUUUGCUAAUGUAGCUUGCUUUCAAGUAUCUAGACAAACAUUUGGUCUCUGAAGGGCUCUACAAAUCUCUGUAUGGAAAAUUUUGUGUAUAUUUUUAUUUUGGUGUGGAAAAUCCUUGUAAGUUUCCUUUGAUUGUCAGAGUAGUCAUAGAACUAAGAACCCUGAUCUAGAUCUUUGACUGCUCCUUCCUCAGAGAAUCCUUUCAGCGAGAAAUGAAUAAGAGUUGAUUAUAUUUUCAAGGCUAAGGCUUCCUGAAACUUAAAACUUUAAGAAGACAAAACUUUUCUGACUUUUGUUAACAGAUUAAGUAGCCAUUUUCUCCCGUGCUUUCAUUUUGGUUGAAGUAGCUUUUCUGAAAAAGCACAGGUAUUUUAGUUAAGGAUUAGAUAAAAUUGUUUAACAUUUGGUUGGUUUAAGGUAACUGACAUUUAAAUUUUAGUAAUUUCAUUACCUUUAAUUAUGGAUCAAUAAUUUGUUUUUGGUAAAUAUGUUGGUAUCAUCUUUUUAGACUGUAGAUUUUCUUAUAGCCCUCUAUGAUUAUUGGUAUGAAUAGUAUUUGUUUCUUGGUAAGGCCUUUCUCUAAGUUUUAUAAUUUUUAGUAGAGAUUACACAUGUCUGAGCUUUAGGCUAUACAAGGGGUUAGCUUUCCUAAAUUUAAAAGAACCAUUUGGCUGGUUUUUGUUUGUUAAAGGAGAUAAACUGAUAACUAUCUUGUAGGGUUCUCAUGAGAUGUUCUCUGUAGAGUGCCUAUAACAGUGCUUGGUUUACAGAAGGUGUGCAAUAAUGGUGGCCUAUUAGAAUAUUUAGUAUAAAAACUAUUGUAGUACUUUCCAUAAUUUAUACAGUUGAAACUUUUCCUGUUCCUUGAGUUUAGGAUAGCAUGGCAAAUUUUGGUAUAGAAGUGAAUCAGCUACCAAGUUAAAUGCACGUGUGUGUACCAUACAGAUAAUUUAAUAAAUAUUUUUACAUAUUGAGAAGUGACUUGCAUUCCUUAUCCCUUUUCACCAUCACCUUUUUGUCCUGUUGACCCUAAACACUUAACAAAUCACUCCUAAAAUGACCUAAAAUAUGGUUAUAUAUACUUUAAUAUAAAAUUACAUUGCAUGGUUUUCUGACUUGGGUUUUUGUUGUGAAAGUGCCUGUUUUGUUCAUGUGUCCUGAAAGAACAAGCAUUGUGACAUACCUGGCUAACUUAAAAGCAGAUUGCCUGUGAAGCACAGUUUGAGUCCAAUUUUUUGAGGUAUGGAGUUUUAGCUAUCAUGGCUGGGUUUUUACUCAAUCUCAAAUAAUAGGGCUCUGGUUAUUUUGCAGAGUGUCUCUGAAGAAUGGACAGAAUUGCCCUGGCUAACUACAAGCUACGGUUCACAGUGGAUAAAUAGAUGCCCGAGUGGUUAAAGACAUGGCAACAGGAAAGUCUAAAGGAUAUGGCUUUGUCUCCUUUUUCAACAAAUGGGAUGCUGAAAAUGCCAUUCAACAGAUGGGUGGCCAGUGGCUUGGUGGAAGACAAAUCAGAACUAACUGGGCAACUCGAAAGCCUCCAGCUCCAAAGAGUACAUAUGAGUCAAACACCAAACAGCUAUCAUAUGAUGAGGUUGUAAAUCAGUCUAGUCCAAGCAACUGUACUGUAUACUGUGGAGGUGUUACUUCUGGACUAACAGAACAACUAAUGCGCCAGACUUUUUCACCAUUUGGACAAAUAAUGGAAAUUCGAGUCUUUCCAGAUAAAGGAUAUUCAUUUGUUCGGUUCAAUUCCCAUGAAAGUGCAGCACAUGCAAUUGUUUCUGUUAAUGGUACUACCAUCGAAAGUCAUGUUGUGAAAUGCUAUUGGGGCAAAGAAACUCUUGAUAUGAUAAAUCCUGUGCAACAGCAGAAUCAAAUUGGCUAUCCACAAGCUUAUGGCCAGUGGGGCCAGUGGUAUGGAAAUGCGCAACAAAUUGGACAGUACAUGCCUAAUGGUUGGCAAGUACCUGCAUAUGGAAUGUACGGCCAGGCAUGGAACCAGCAGGGAUUUAAUCAGACGCAGUCUACUGCACCGUGGAUGGGUCCAAAUUACGGAGUGCAGCCACCUCAAGGGCAGAAUGGCAGCAUGUUGCCUAACCAGCCUGCAGGGUAUCGAGUGGCAGGGUAUGAAACCCAAUGAGAGAGGACUCCAGAAUCUAAAGCCAGUGGCUUGAGGCUACAGGGAGUGUAGUAAAGCCGUUGUUUACUUAAAAGAUUUAUCAAAUCAGUCAGUGCAAAUGUCAGAUACAAUGUAUUUAUUUAAAAGAUUCAUUUUUUAAUCAUGAAAUUACUUAUCAUCCACAUUGUUUAAAAAGAAACAAGAUGCUGGAUGUCUGCCAAUUUUUGCCUUCAUUACCUUUUUUGAUAAAGUUUCUCAGAUCCUUGUUUCAAAUACAAAUGCAGGGAUUGCUGCCACUUUUUUAAAAUUAAGAGGCAGAAAAUUGCACAAUGUUGAACUUUUUUCCACUAAAGUAGUGCGCAGUUCUAGUUUGCAUUCCUAAUAUCAUUUAAAGCAUGUAAUAUAAAGAUGUAAAAAAAGAAAAACCAAAACUGUGCAGAGUCUAGAAGUUCUUUGUUAUCUUCAGCUUGUGCACAAUUCUGUUUUAGGUUUAAAAGAAAAAAAAAAAAGCAUUGUUUGAGCUGUCUCAUCUCUACUUUUAUCCCUUUGGGGUUUUUAAAUAUAAAUUAUUAGUUUACAUCAUUUUUGUAUCUACAGUUUUUCACAAAUUUGUCUUGCCUUAUUAAAGUUCUGUAAAUUAUACUUAAAUGGGAAAAAAUGAUGUUCACUUAAAUUUAAAACUUUUCUCAGAUGGAUUGAUAAUUGCAUUCAUUUUUUGUUUUCUAUGAGAAGGUGCCUCAAGAAUUCCCUGUUGGAUUUGUUGAAAAGGAUUUUUAUCUUCUGUGAUAAACUUUGCUGUGUACCAGGAAAUAUAAAAACAAAACCUUGUUACUAAAGAAAAUCUCUGAAAUGUGAUAAGUUCUUAUGAACCCAUGUUAAUUUCAUGUGUCAACUUCUACAUUUAUGUGUAUUAUUUCAUUAUGUAAAAUGUUUUAGCAAUUUAAUAUUUUGCACAAUUAGCGAACUUUGUAUGUAAUUUCCUUCUUAAAGGUAUCAUGCAGAGUUGACAUGAGAUUUAUAAGGUUUUAAGUUGUUUGCAUGUGAAUAUCAAAUACACACUUUGGUAGUCUUUGAAUACACAGUCAUCUGCUUUUGUUUUUCAAGAAUUUUGAGACAUAAAAUUGUAUGUAAAGGAAUAUAUUAAUUUGCCAUUUUCUAGUUAGAUUUACUCAAAAAGAGUAAAUCAACUUUAGUAUGUACAGAUGAUAGCUGUGAAACUGUAGAAUAUCCUUAUGUCAGGCUUGGGGUUUGUUGUGAACUCUAUUAUUAGCCUAAAGGACCAGCCAGGCAAAGCAUUUUUAAAAUGUUCAGAGGCCAAAAAACACUUAAAAUCCUACCUCCUUAAAGAGCCUUCAAAGAGGAGAAUCCUCAGUGCAAUCAUUAUUUUUAUUCUUUCGGUACCUGUUUUCCUGGAGUUCCCAAUUUUAUCAUUUUGAGGUAGCUCCGAGCAUUAAGAGGUUUAAUCUUUGAUGGCAUUGUUCUAGUUUUGACAUUUCUUGUACAUUUCAGAGUCUUUUAGAAGAGGUGUGGGAGAUUUUGUUUUGUUUUCAGCGAAGGUCACAAACCUUCCUUGACUCAUAAAGGGCGAAGACUCCUCAGUAUACAUAUUUGGAUUGUUUUUUUUUUUUGUUGUUAUUGUUUUAACACCUUCAGAGAACACCCAGCAUUUUAUUUAGGAACAGAAAAGGCCUGUGAAAUCUUAAAGAGUUUCGUGGCCUGUUGUAUCUUCCAGGUAGGAGCAAAUGACUCUAAACUGGUCUCUAGAAGCCAAUCCACUUCUAAACCAGAGCCCAGGAAAGACAGCUUAUAAGUUUAUAAUUCUCUGGAGCUCAGUUCUAUGCAGUUGUGCUGAUGUUUCAUUUAGUCACUGUGUAUUUUUAAGUGUUGGUACAUUAAAAGUUGCUUUAUGGAAGAUGAAUGAAUUUUUUAAAUACUGGAAAUUUUAUUUCCUUGUUAACUUUUACAGAUCAGGGUGUGCAACCAAAAGCAGCUUAAGUGAAAUACUCUAAAAAAAAAAAAAAAAAAAUCAGGAAGCUAUUUUUAGAUUCUUCUGGCUUAUGUUUCUAUUUUAGGACCCUCAUUGCUUUCUCUUAUUCAAAAAUAUUUUUAUUUCCUUAACACCUUCUGGACUGCAGGAUAAAUUAUUUGGGCAUAAAUAAUUUAAGCAGAAGUAUAAUUUUUCUUUUAUUUUGACUGUCUCAAGUAAGAACAGUUUUUAUUAGCCAGUAUAUUUUCAUAUCACACAAAUCUUAAAAUGUACAUUAACUGCUUUUUUUUUUUUUUUACAUUAACUACUUUUUGAGAAGAAAGUGGUGUCAUUAUUCAUGAUGAAAAGGUUACUACUGAACAAAUUCACAUUUCAGGAACAUUGUUAACUUCUAUUUAAAUCCUACUCUUGAUGUUAAAACACAUCAUUUAAGGAUUUUUUCAAUCAAAAAUCAUACUGGCGUUAGUAUCAGGUAAGGAAAUUAAAAUUUUUAAAAUUGUUUCAUUCUCUGCAAUAUGCGUUCAGAUUUUACUUUAAAAUACAUCUGGUACUGUAAAGAACCUGAAGUCAUUCACACUUAAUGAGUCAUUAAUCCAGUAUUCUUUACCCUGUUUGGAUAUUAAAGUUCCUUUAUGUUUUCUAUA